GAUGUCUGCCCUUGUUGUGUGCUGUCCCCACAGGCGGCCGAUAUGCUGCGGGGCGCCCUGCUGUGCGCGGUGCUGGCGCUCCUGCGCGCCCAGCCUGCGCCCUCCCGCUGCCCGCCCACCUGCGGCUGCUCCGUCCGGGACGCGGUGCAGUGCUCGGGGGGCGACGUGGAGCGCAUCGCAGAGCUUGGCCUGCCCACCAACCUCAUGGUCCUCACGCUGUUCCGCCUGGGCCGGGGCACCCUGCGGAGCGACAGCUUCCGCGGCAUGACGGUGCUGCAGCGCCUCUUGCUGACCCAAAGCCACAUCGCCGCCGUCGCCCCGGGCACCUUCCAGGACCUGGGGAACCUGAAAACCCUCCGGCUGUCACACAACCACAUCCGGGACCUGCCAGGCGCGCUCUUCGACAGCCUGGUGCUCCUGGAGCAUCUGUAUCUGGACCACAAUGCGCUGACGCGCCUCGACCCACUCCUGUUCCGGAACCUAGUGAACCUGCAGUUCCUCUUCCUGAACGUGAAUCAGCUCGUCUCCCUCCCCGCGGGCCUCUUGGCGCACCUGCGGGGCCUGCGGGUGCUGGACUUAUCGGCGAACAAUCUGACUCACUUGCCCCCGGGCUUGCUGGGUGCGCAGGCCAAGCUGGAGAAGCUCGUGCUCAGUUCCAACCGGCUCGCGGCUCUGGAUCCGGGGCUGCUGAGCGGCCUGCGCGCUCUGGCAGAGCUGCAGCUGGACGGCAACCGCCUCCGGGCCCUGGCGCCCGGGGCCUUUGACCAGCUCCGCGACCUGAGCAUCCUGAAGCUUUCCAGGAACCAGCUCAGGUCCCUGCCCUCCGCCCUCUUCCUCCAUCUGCACAACCUGACCUCCCUGGCGCUGCACGAGAACCCGCUGGAGGAGCUCCCAGCCGUGCUCUUCGGGGAGAUGGCGGGCCUGCGCGAGCUGUGGCUGAACGGCACCCAGCUGCGCACCCUGCCCGAUGGCGCCUUCCGCGGCCUCGGCCAGCUGCGCCAGCUGUCGCUGAGCCGCAACGCACUGCGGACCCUGCCCCGCGGGCUCUUCCGCGGCCUCCGCAGCCUCGAGUGGCUGCGGCUCGAGCACAACCAGUUGCAGACCCUGCCGGGCGACAUGUUCGAGGGCCUGCCCCGGCUGUCGGAGGUCCUGCUGAGGCACAAUCCCUGGCGCUGCGACUGCGACCUGCUGCCGUUCCUGGCGUGGCUGAGGCAGCACCCGGGCCUCACGGGCCACGUGGAGCAGUCCCCGCGGUGCCAGGGGCAGCCCCGUGGCCUGCUGCUGCACGCCCUGUCGGACGGUGACCUGAGGUGUCCGAGCACCAGGGCCCCGAGCACUCCCCACUCUCUCGCCCCCACCAGGCUGGUCCUGCCCGUGGCCCGCGAUCGCCCAGCCUGGGUGCCUACCAGCCCAGAGCCCUGGGCGUGGGCCCAGCCGGUGGCCGAGGGCCAGCGUCAGGACCAUCGCCUGUUCUGGGGUCUUUAUAUGCUGCUUUUAGCCACGCAGGCCGUAAUAACCGUGGUCAUUGUGUUUGCUAUGAUUAAACUCCUCCGGCUCUUCCGAAAAUUAAUCAGAGAGAGAGCUCUGGUUUGAGCCAGCGGCGAAACCGUGUAACGAAUGAAAAGGCGACCAGGGUAUUGUUAGAUGUGACUCUGGGAGAGUCCAGACAGAUUGCUGCCCUCCCCUCUGCUCUCAAACCCACCUCUCUGUCUCCUCCUCCUCCCUCCUCUUUCCUAGAAUUGCCUUUACAUUUGUAAAUUGUGACAGCUUGCUUUGCUUCAUCCCUCACCGUGGGGUCCUGGGAAUGUGGGUUGUGUUCACCACAUCUCUGUGCCCCGGUGCCCGGUGGAGAGAGGGCUAUCUCAGAGCGUCCUGAGGAAGGGUGCGGGAGAGCCGCCACCUCCAGGCCGGGGUCUGGCUCCUGUCUGGUAAAUGUGCAAUAAAAGAAUAAAAUGAAUACACA